GGCCGUAGGGGAAGGCGGAAGUGGCUUCUCUUGGGAGCGCGGGGCGGUUAGAUGGUGAGACCUGGGCGCCGAGUGGCGAUGCCCGCGGGGAUGGCGGAGCAUGGGAGCCUGGGGCGACCGCAGGACCGGCGGCAGCAGCAGCAGCAGCGGGGGAAACAGUGCUCGGCGCCGUGGCCCCGGCCGCGCAGCAAAGAGAAGAAAGUGAAUUGCAAGCCCAAGAACCAGGAUGAACAGGAAAUCCCUUUCCGGCUCAAAGAGAUUAUGAGGAGCCGCCAGGAGAUGAAAAACCCCGUCAGUAACAAGAAGAGGAAGAAAGAGGCCCGGGUGGCUUUCAGAAAGACAUUGGAGAAGGAAGCAAAGGGAGUGGAGCCGGACAUUGCUGUCCCCAAGUUCAAGCAGAGGAAGUGGGAGUCCAAUGGGGCCUACAUCCAGCGCAUGGAGCAGGAGGCCCAGCACAUGCUGUUCCUCAGCAAGAACCAGGCCGACCGGCAGCCUGAGACGCAGGCAGCUUCCAAGAAGGAGAAGUCAGAGCGGAAAAAAGCGUUCCAGAAGCGGCGACUGGAUAAAGUCCAGCAGAGAAGGGAAGAAAAGGCAGCAGAAAGGCUGGAGCAGGAGCUGCUCCGAGACACAGUGAAGUUUGGUGAGGUCGCCCUGCAGCCGCCAGAGCUGACCAUCAGGCCCAAGGCGAGCAUGAGCAGAGGCCAGCCUGGCAAGAAAUCGCUGAUGCUGAGGAUGCUUUUGAGCCCUGGUGGUGUGUCUCUGCCACCGACCACCUCGCUGGCUCCACAGCGGAUCAUAGGGGAGGAGAGAGAGCGGGCCGUGCAGGCCUACAGGGCGCUAAAGAAGCGGCAACAGCAGGGGCCUCAGUCACCACAACCACCGCAGUCACCCCGCCUCCCUUUUGGGAAGAAGCCAGAGCCACAUCUGUGA